UCUCUCUACACACACAUCAACAAACGUGUAAUAAGACCAUUACAUUACAUUUUUUACAUAACAAGAAGCCCCAAAUUUAUGUGUCUUUGAUGAUACACUUGGCAACUGAUUGAUACAGUUGCAGAAUUCCUGGUUUACAGGUGUUGGAUCCUCUCAAUACUCAACACCUUUUUCAACAAAAACCAGCCAAAAGGAGGAGGAGGAGGAGAGGGUAUAGAAAAAGAAUACAAUAAACCCAAGAAUCAAAACCCCCAAAAAGUAUUAUUUGGUUAUUUCUUUUGAUAGUUUGUCAAAAUUGGAUUUUGGGCAAAAAAAUCCAAUCUUUAUAAUACCCAAGUUUUGGUUUUUGUGUUUGCACUGUUUGAGAUUUGGGAUCAAAGUGAAUUUGAUCAAAGUUUUGUAGUGUAGUAGUUGAAAGAGGAGAUUGGUGGAAGAGUUGAGCCCACCCUUUUUUUUUGUGUUGCUUUUCGUGGGGUUAAGGCACUGUUUGGUGUUCUGCUGAAGAGAGAGACAAUAUAUUUUGGUGUUUUGUGUAUGUGGGAAUUUGGUAAUUGGUUUUGAGAUUCUUUUGAUUGGAGAAAGAUUGGAUUUUGAGUGGUUAAAGGGUGGUAGAAGAAUUGAACUAAAGUUUUUUUUUUCUGCUUUCUUGGGGUUAAGGCACUGUUUGGUGUUCUGCUAAACAAGAGAUUUUGGUGUUUUGUGUAUAUGGGGAUUUGGUAAAUGGUUUUGAGGGUCUUUUGAUUGGAGAAAGAUUGGAUUUUGAGUGGUUAAAGGGGGUGGUGAGAGGUUUAUAGAGUUAGAAUAAAAUGGUGAGUGGUACUUUGUUUCAUUAUAGGAAGAGCUCAUGGCCACCUGAGGAGUACAUAACUAAAGCAACUUUGCAAUUGUUUGAUUUUGAUAGUGCUGCACCACCAUCUCAAGCUUGGAGAAGGAAACUAAACAGCCGUGCUAGCAAAUUGAAAGAAUUUAGUAUCACAUUCACAGAGGCAAUAAAAAUGGUUCGGCUUGGUAUACGUCUAUGGUCAUAUGUAAGGGAAGAAGCGUCCUAUGGAAGGAGAGCUCCAAUUGAUCCCUUUACACGAGAACGCUGCAAACCAUCAGCAUCUCAAGGUGUUCCACUUGGAGGGAUGGGGAGCGGCAGCAUAUCCAGAGGCUUUAGAGGCGAGUUUAAGCACUUUCAAAUUCUUCCUGGAACAUGUGAGACUUCUCCAAUCAUGUCCAAUCAGUUCUCAAUUUUCAUAUCCCGGGAUGGAGGAAACAAAAAGUAUGCAUCCGUUUUAUCUCCAGGAGAACAUGAAGGGCUAGGGAAGGCUAGUGAUCAUGGUAUAUCAUCAUGGGGCUGGAAUCUGAGUGGACAGCAUUCUACAUAUCAUGCACUCUUUCCUCGGGCUUGGACAGUAUAUGAUGGUGAACCAGAUCCAGAACUGAAAGUUUCUUGUCGUCAAAUAUCACCGUUCAUCCCACAUGACUACAGCGAGAGCAGUCUUCCUACAUCAGUUUUUGUUUACACUUUGGUGAACACUGGGAAGGAAAGAGCACAAGUUAGCCUUCUUUUUACAUGGACGAAUUCAAUUGGUGGUGUCUCACACCUAUCAGGAGAUCACAUGAACGAACCAUUUAUAGGUGAAGAUGGAGUCUCUGGCGUACUCCUACAUCACAAGACAAAAGAAAAUCCUCCUGUUACUUUCGCUGUAGCUGCGUGCGAAACUCAGAAUGUCAGUGUAACUGUUUUACCCUGUUUCGGCCUGACUGAGGGAAGCUGUGUAACAGCAAAGGAUAUGUGGGGUAAAAUGGUGCAGGAUGGGCACUUUGAUCGAGAGAACUUCAGCAAAGGACCAAGCAUGCCAUCAUCACCUGGGGAGACACAUUGUGCUGCUGUUUCUGCAUCUGCAUGGGUUGAACCACAUGGAAAAUGUACCGUGGCAUUCUCUGUUGCUUGGUCAUCUCCUCAAGUUAAAUUCAUGAAAGGAAUGUCAUACUAUAGGCGGUACACAAGGUUUUAUGGAACAUCAGAAAGGGCUGCUGUAGAUUUGGUUCAUCAUUCAUUGACAAAUUAUAAGUUAUGGGAAGAAGAAAUUGAGAAAUGGCAAAAUCCUAUCCUUAAUGAUGAUAAGCUACCGGAAUGGUACAAGUUUACGCUGUUCAACGAGCUGUAUUUUCUGGUGGCUGGUGGGACAGUUUGGAUUGACUCUGGUGUUCCUUCUUCAGACUCAGUUAGUACCAGAACAGCAGGACCGGAAGUAACUAAAGUUAAAUCUAUUAAAAAUGGUGUACAAGUGGAGCAGACUGCAUAUAAUGGUUAUGGGGAAGACAACCAGUUGUCAAGUCCUGAUAAGUUAUCAGGGUCAAGUACUGACGGUGAUGAUGUGGGUAGGUUUCUAUACUUGGAAGGCGUAGAAUAUGUCAUGUGGUGUACAUAUGAUGUGCACUUCUAUGCCUCGUUUGCACUUCUUGCUUUAUUUCCUAAAAUUGAGCUCAGCAUUCAGCGGGAAUUUGCCAAAGCUGUCUUAUGUGAAGAUGGGAGAAAAGUGAAGUUUCUAGCAGAGGGUAAUUGGGGAAUACGGAAGCCCAGGGGGGCUAUUCCUCAUGAUCUUGGAAUGCAUGAUCCUUGGCACGAAAUGAAUGCCUAUAACAUACAUGAUACUAGUAAAUGGAAGGACCUCAAUCCAAAAUUUGUGCUUCAGGUCUAUAGGGACUUCGCUGCAACUGGAGAUUUUUCCUUUGCUACAGAGGUCUGGCCUUCUGUAUGCGCUGCAAUGGAGUAUAUGGAUCAGUUUGAUCAUGACAAUGAUUGUCUAAUUGAAAAUGAUGGUUUCCCUGAUCAAACAUAUGAUACAUGGACGGUUCAUGGAAUAAGUGCAUACUGUGGUGGUUUAUGGCUUGCUGCUCUUCAAGCUGCAGCUGCGAUGGCCAUGCACGUGGGCGACUAUGCCUUUGCAGAAAAAUGGAAAGGCAAAUUGAUAAAAGCCAAGACAGUAUACGAGGAAAAAUUGUGGAACGGCUCAUAUUUUAACUAUGACAGUGGUUCUAGUAGUAACAGCAAGUCAAUCCAGGCUGAUCAGCUAGCUGGUCAGUGGUAUAUGGCGUCUUCUGGCUUGCCUGAUCUCUUUGAUGGUGUAAAGAUCAAGAGUGCUCUUCAAAAGAUUUACGACUUCAAUGUCAUGAAAGUUCGUGGAGGCAGAAUGGGUGCAGUAAAUGGAAUGCAUCCAAAUGGAAAGGUGGAUGAUACUUGCAUGCAAUCCCGUGAGAUAUGGACUGGUGUCACAUAUGGUGUGGCUGCCACCAUGCUUCAUGCUGGUAUGGAGGAACAGGCAUUCACUACAGCUGAAGGUAUAUUCACCGCAGGCUGGUCAGAGGAUGGAUACGGAUACUCAUUUCAAACACCAGAAGGUUGGACCACUGAUGGACAUUUUCGAUCUCUGAUAUAUAUGAGGCCUCUCUCAAUUUGGGGCAUGCAAUGGGCGUUAUCGAUGCCUAAGACAAUCCUUGAUGCCCCUCAGGUCAAUAUAAUGGACAGAAUUCAAGUGAACCCCCACACACCUCAGGAGACGGGUGUCCGGAAAAUAGUCAAAAAAGCAAAAUGUUGUUUUAACAAUUCUAUCUUCAGCUGUUCUUGCUAAGAGUCAUUUCAGUUCAUAGGUUUUAACCUUUUGUAGAAAUUCAUUCCUUUCUUCCGCGUCUAGGGGGGGACAGCAAAAAGUCGCUGCCUGGCUAAUCCUUUAACACCAAAGGGCAAUAAAGAGAUCUGCAGCACUCGACUUGAUAAAGAUAUAAUGACGAAAACUGGUAUGAGAAUUUGGUUCUUCACCGAUGAGUUUCAACAUCGUAGCGUUAUGUGUAUAUUACAAGAUCCAUGUACUAUCUCGGUGCAUUGCUAUAUAGGUGAAACUAAAUUCUUUAUAAUUUUGAGCUGAGACGGGUUUAAACGGAGUGGAGUCGACUUGCUUCGGGUAUGCUAUUAAUAUGGAACAAAUGAAAUAUUUUCUGUUCAUAGAGCACAAUUUUGUUCUAAUGAAUUCUCUGAUUGUAGAUAACAGACUUGCAUACUUUUGAAUGAAUUUUCACAUCAUUUUUGUA